AUAUAUAUAUUAUUGUUGGUAAUACCAUAAAAGAUCUUCACGUGAUUUGCAUUUUGAAUUAAAAAAUUUAUAAUUUCAAUAUAUCUAUUAAAAGUUGUGAAUAUAAUAGAAUAUUAUAUAAUACUAUAUAAUAGAACAUUAAGCAAAAAUGGGAAAGAAUCAAAGAACACGAAGAGUUGUUAUGCAGAAAUUUGCUCAAAUGAAAAAAAUGAUAAGCUUAAGGGAUUCAAGAAUAAAACCUGAGCAUCGUAUACCACCAAAAAAAAUUAAGAAAGAAGAUCCUACUCAAUUGAAGAUAACAGAAGCGCCUCAACAAUCCUCUGCAUUAUUUUUUCAAUAUAACACACAAUUAGGACCACCAUAUCAUAUUUUGGUAGAUACAAAUUUUAUAAAUUUCUCAAUUAAAAACAAAUUAGAUAUUAUAGAAAAUAUGAUGGAAUGUCUUUAUGCAAAAUGUAUUCCAUAUAUAACAGAUUGUGUGAUAGGUGAAAUGGAAAAACUAGGUCAAAAAUAUAGAAUAGCUUUAAGGAUUAUGAAAGAUCCUAGAUUUGAAAGAUUGAAUUGCAUGCACAAAGGUACUUAUGCAGAUGAUUGUAUUAUUAAUAGAGUGACUCAACACAAAUGUUACAUUGUUGCAACUAAUGAUAAAGAUCUAAAGAAGAGAAUACGAAAAAUACCAGGUGUACCUAUAAUGUAUGUUUCUCAACAUAGGUACACUAUAGAAAGAAUGCCAGAUGCAUAUGGAGCACCUAGAAAAUAAUGUUCUUAGUAUUAAAAUUUUUUAUUGUACAGGCAUAUAUAUAAUAAAAUAUGGAUUUUAUAAACAAUUUUUAAUGAAAGUAACAUGAAUUUUUGAUGAAAUGAUGAUAAAAAAAAAAAAGAGAAUGAAGAAAAAAGAUUUUAUUUUCUUUUUUUUUUUUUUUAAAGAUUUCUUGAUUUUAGCAACCGACAAUCGAUAUGGUUUGUACAAUUGUUUAACAACUGAAAAUAAACAGAGGAGAAUGUGUUAUAGUUAUUGUUCGGUGAAACAAUGAAGCUGUUGCGUGUAACGCCCACGUAGCAUACCGCAACUCGAAUUUUACUGUUUUGCGAAUGAUGUUGUCCCGUAUAUGGUAACAAUGCGAAAUAAUGUUAGAUAAGUGGGCGCAAAAAGCUAUUUCGAAUGAAGAACGAUUAUCGGUGAAUUUAUUAUGGUUGUUCCUUGCAAAAGAAGUUUGCAACUAUUUUUUUCAUAGUCAAGAUAUCACAAUUUGGUAAAGAUCACAUUGGCAAUCUAUAUAAAGAGUGAUCAAAUUUCUAAUGAAUUUCUAAUGAAAUUAUAUUUUUCUUGAUAAAUUGUUAUUUAUUGUAUAAUUGUGGAUAUACUAAUAAGAUUUAUAAAAAUACAUUGUAUUACUAUAUA